ACAUCCCGAGAGAUGCAUGCAAGUAUCUUUACUCUAGAAGAUAUUGAACUGUUUGACUUGAUUUUUCAACCUGCGAAUAAUCUCUACUCCUUCGCAGAACAUUUUUUUAGCAGUUGAACAUUUUGAAAUCUAGAGAGAGAGAGAGAGAGAGAGAGAGAGGAGCUCCAAUGCCUUUAUAUAUAGCCAUGCCCCAAAACGAAUGUAUAUGUUUUCUAACUUAGUUGUGAACAUGAGGCUCUUAGUCAUGUUAAUAGUGUUAAGCUUAUUCUGCAGAGACGUAAGGCUAGUCUCUGGUGAUAUCGGCACUGCAACUUCCUACGGUCCUCCUUACAUACCUACAAAGUGCUUUGGGAGUAGGCAAGACCAGUUCCCUCCGGGGAACCUGUUUGUGGCGGUGAGUGAAGGAUUGUGGGACAAUGGUGCUGCGUGUGGAAGGCGAUAUAGACUGAGGUGCCUGAGUGGACGUAAUAAACCCUGCAAGGGUGGUGCUACGGUGGACGUGAAGGUGGUUGAUCUUUGCAACAAAUCACCUUGCCCUUCUACCGUAGCAAUGUCAACUGAUGCUUUUGCAGCGAUCUCACACUCUCCUUCUACACGAAUCAACGUCGAAUAUGUCCAGAUAUGAAAUCAGCUGAACCAGAUAUAUGAUGACCACGUACAGCUGAGGAUAUUAUCAAUUAUACUGGCUUUGUAGUUCAUGUUGAACUCAAGUUUAUAAUGAUAAGAGAAACAUUGUAAUAUUAAUUUGAUACUACAUUUUCUUAGUUUGUCCAUUAGUCUUCAAUAAAAUGAUAUGCAGAGUUUUUUUUUUAUCAUA